AUGGGUGCGGUUGUCCGAAGUCGCCUCGCACAUCCCGCUCCUAGCCGUUUUCGUUUGAGGCACAUCUGCUCUCGGUCAGGACCGGACCAAGCUAUGGAUCAGAUUGCCGGCGGUAGGGAUCGUAAAAAUAAAUAUCGUGGCAAUCGACGCCCAGGAGCGUGGAAUGCUUGCUUGUCAGGCCGCGCAUAUUUUCUUAACCGCGGUCGUGGCCUCGUAGACAGAUUGAGUUGCGACAAGUGCUUUCGUCAAUUGUCCAUCCGAUUUUUUCCCCGCUCAACAGUCAGAACCUGCCUAAGGGGAUUCGCCAUACGACGAGCUCCACCCUUGCGUCAAUCAUGUGGAGUUGCCGUGACAAUGGGUGCGAACAUUCGGCGCAAUGAUUUCGAAGGUAUUAGGUGA